AUGUGCUCAGGUGCCACCGCGAGUCAGAGGCGCUUCGCAUGCGGAGAGUUAGAGACGCACGUGCCAGAGACGCAGUCCCGUGCCAGUCCGGUUGCGCCAACCACGCAGCCGCCCGGUGGCACCGGGACUCAUGGCCGCCACACCGAGCUGCGCCGGUUACGGGCACGGAACCUGGAGGCCCUGGGUCCUGAGUUGCCACGUUUCACAGAUGGCAGAACCAGACCAGUUUGUGGUGAGCCCUGGUGGAAAGAGGAUUUGGACCAGGCCCGCCAUUGGCCCUGGGAGGUGAGCCUCCGGAUAGACAAUAAACAUGUGUGUGGAGGGGCCCUCAUUGACGCCAAAUGGGUGGUGACUGCUGCCCAUUGCAUCAGAAGCACCAAAAACUACACAGUGAUACUUGGCACUUCCAAGCUGCAGCCAAUGGGAUACACAGAGGUCUUCUGGAUUCCUGUGAGGGACAUCAUUAUGCACCCCCGGUUCUGGGGCCGAACCUUCAUUGUGGGUGAUAUCGCCCUUCUCCAUCUUCUCAAUCCUGUUAUCUUCAACAAGUACGUGCAGCCCAUCUGCCUCCCAGAGCCCACCUUUAACCUGAAGAUCGGGACACAGUGCUGGGUGACUGGCUGGGGCCAAGUCAGACAGCACCUUUCAGCCAACUCCACGCUGACUCCGGAGCUGCAGGAGGCCCAGGUGUUUAUCAUGGACAACAAGAGGUGUAACCAGAUUUAUCGCCAUCUUUCCAUCCUCCCCCGAAUUACUCGCCUUGUCCAGGGAGAUCUGGUCUGUGCCACCAAUUAUGGAGAAAACUUGUGCUAUGGAGAUUCUGGGGGGCCACUGGCUUGCAAUGUCCAGGGCAGAUGGGUGCUGGCUGGUGUGUUGUCCUGGGAGAAGGCCUGCUCCCAAGCACGGAAUCCAGGCGUGUAUACCCGCAUGACUAAAUAUAGCCAAUGGAUCAAGAAGCAUCUGAGCCGUGGGACUCUGUCUGUUCCUUGCAGCUCCUCCUGGCUUCUAUUCCUGUCCUGGCUGCUGUGGCCCCUGAUGGGCCCCUGA